AGUUACAUCUUCAAAGGACGGACUCACACUUCGUCUGGCACAUUGAUAUUCAAUGCAUUGGAUGUAGUGUUUCUCCCUCGACCGACUUCAGAAGUGUCCUGUCUUUUCUGCAGGAGUCAUUUUGGCAGGAUAUGAUUGUCGGGGAGGGCGCUCUCCUGUAGUCGCAUCUUAAGUCCAGUUUUUAAUAGGCACGUACGCAAACGGUUUGACACCAAGUCUUCAUGGAACCUGCCUGUAGGAAGGACAAACCCAAACUCAACUCUUCUCCAACACGAGGAGACCGAGCCAAGCAAAGAUCUCCGCAGAGGAAGCUCAAGCAAAGACAGAGAGCAGAGAUCUACGCUCUGAACAAGGUGAUGACCGAGUUGGAGCAGCAGCAGUUUGAAGCCUUUUGUGCUCAGAUGCAAUCACAAGGAGAAUGAACCGACAAUCUGACACUCCGUGACGCGUCAUUUCUAUCAUAUAUUUCACUAUCUAACAGUAAGUGUUGUUUACCUGGCUGUGAAAAGCCUUGAAGUCUGUGCGUAAGUGGAAACUGAAAUAUGAAGGUGAACAAUACAGUGCAGAAUUAUUGGGCAAAUGAGUAUUUUGACCACAUCAUCCUCUUUAUGCACGUUGUCUUACUCCAAGCUCUACAGGUAUAGGCUCGAAAGUUCACUGCCAAUGAAGCAUAUCAGAUGAUGUGCAUCUCUGUAAAGAGAGGGGGCGUGGUCUAAUGACAUCAGCACCUUAUAUCGGGUGUGCAUAAUUAUUAGGCAGCUUCCUUUCAUUGGGCAAAAUGGGUCAGAAGAGGGACUUGACAGGCUCCGAAAGGUCAAAAAUAGUGAUAUAUCUUGCAGAGGGAUGCUGCACUCUUAAAAUUGCCAAGCUUCUGAAGCGUGAUCAUCCAACUAUCAGGCGUUUCAAAAUGGUCAACAGGGUCGCAAGAAGCGUGUGGAAAAACCAAGGCACAAAAUAACUGCCCAUGAACUGAGAGUAGUCAAGUGUGCAGCUGCCAAGAUGCCACUUGCCGCCAGUUCUGCCAUAUUUCAGAGCUGCAAUAUAACUGGAGUUCCCAAAAGCACAAGGUGUGCAGUACUCAGAGUCAUGGCCAAGGCUGAAAAACGACCACCACUGAAUAAGACACACAAGCUGAAACAUCUCCAGUCCGACUCAGACGCCAGCAAGGUGGAAGAGGUGGAAGACGCCUUCUUCAAGCAGUGGUACAGGAAGAAGUCAGCAUCCUUCAAGAAAAACAUGACUUUCAUGCAGGACAAUGCUCCAUCACACGCAUCCAAGUACUCCACAGCAUGGCUGGCAAGUAAGGGCCUAAAAGAAGAAAAACUGAUGACAUGGGCCCCUUCUUCACCUGAUCUGAACCCCAUAGAGAACCUGUGGUCCCUCAUCAAAUGUGAGAUUUACAAGGAGGGAAGACGGUUCACCUCUCUCAACAGUGUCUAGGAGGUUGUGGUGGAUAUCCUCCUCAAAUGGCUAAAACUAGAAAAAAGCCCCACUCCAACUCCCAAAAAUAUUCAGCUUUGAUAUUGAGUCUUUUGCAUUCAUUAAGAACAUGGUUGUUGUUCAAUAAUAAAAUGAAUCCUCAAAAAUACAACUUGCCUAAUAAUGCUGUACGAUAUAUCUAUGUAUUUAUUAGAUACUUUAUUUUGAUACAACAAUCAGUGUUUACUUCAGUUUACAAAACUGACCAACAAAUAAAGAAUGUUAUUGUGUAA